AUGACCAGUUUCCGGUGUUUCCUUGCUGCAGUGGUAGGUGUCGCCAUUUUAGCUGUUGGAGAAGGAUUACAAUGCUUGCAGUGUACUGGGGUAUCAUUCCCCCAAGACUGCACGACUGUGGUUAAUUGUUCAGACCAUUACCAAUGCUUUACAGAUUUUUAUGUGACUGAACAAGGAUUUCUGUAUUACGACUUGGGAUGUCGAAUAGAAGAUACUUGUAGGGUAUUAAAUGGCCGGAAACGAACAGUAACACAACCUGUCAAGAGGCAAUUUGAAAAUCUUCAUCUUUGUGAAGAAUGUUGCACGAAAGAAUUUUGCAACAGACAAGGGUGUCCUGACAAAACUGUCAACAUGGUAAAUGGCACUGUCUGUUUUAAUUGCCCGGAUGCAGCUAGUCCUGGAACAUGUGAAAAAGUAGAUGUCUGUAAUUAUGAUGAGACUUGUCUAGCUACAUUGGUCCUUACAGAAUUGUUUCAAGAGCGAUAUCAACGUCGUUGUGAGAAAAAACACGUGUGUCAGGAUUCUGUAGGAGGACAGUUUCAUGGACAUCCUAAAUCGUUACCCAUUGCCUUCGGUAAGAGACAGUUCCAGUUUCCCAUAACAGAAUGCCAAUACUGCUGUGACGACAACUUUUGCAACAACAAAGAAUGCGUUAAAGGAAUGCCUACUACAAAGCAACCCUCUACCACAACAACCCAUAAAAUUACAACUCACAGGACAACGCACCCCUCAACACACCCUACAACUCAUAUCACUGUCCACAAAACCCAGCCCACAACAACAACAACAGCAAAACCAACUCACAGAACGCACCCCACAACUACCACAACUCACAAAACCCACCCCACAACUACCACAACUCACAAAACCCACCCCACAACUACCACAACAAAAGCAACGACAACCACAACUCAUAAAACAACAACAACAAGAUUAACGACAACCACAACAAUCCCUGUGUGUGGACCAAAGGCGGCAGAUAUCGUUUUCGUCCUGGAUGCUUCAGAAAGCCUGAGUCAUGACGACUUCGAAAUUGAAAAAGAUUUUGUUUACAAUUUCACUAAAAAGUUUAAGAUUGGCAGGGACAAUGUUCAAUUUGGAUGUAUAACUUUUGGGGAUACUGUUCGAAAUGACUUUUACUUAAACACCUAUCAUGAUAGGAAUCAACUUCUGCAGAAAAUUCAAAGUCUCACUUUUCUGAUGUCUGGUACAAACACAGCAGAUGCUUUGAAAUUUGUGAGAGAAAACGCAUUUUCUCACUCACAUGGUGGGCGUCACUCUGCUUCUCGUAUUGUGGUUGUUUUAACCGACGGUAAAUCCAAAGAUACAAACAAAACAAUAGCUGAAGCCAAGCAGUUGCAGCAUCAAGCUACUGUCCAUGCGAUCGGGAUCGGUAGCCUUGUAAAUACUCAAGAACUGUCGGCAAUAGACUCCAACGGCAAACCUGGGACAGUCAGUGGGUUUGAUGUACUUCAUACAAUGGGAGAUUACCUGAUGGACAUCGCUUGUCCAGGGAGUCAUACAGGAACACAUGGCCAUUCAGGAACACAUGGGCAUGAUGGAACACAUGGACAACCCGUAUCUGUCCUUGUAGGUUAAUGUCAUUUUUCUCUAACCUUCGAAUAAACAUGAAAAUUGAA